AUGGCGUCCAGCGACCAGUAUGGUUCUACCGACCCCCAGGACGAUCCCUUUGGAUCGCCCGCCCUGCCCAAAUCGCCUACGUCUCCCACGUCGCCCACGUCGUCUGACCCCAACAAGUCGCCCACGGCAGCCUCGGCUGCGGCUGCGGCCCGCCUGCACAGGCCCAUCAUGCAGUCUAUGCCAGACACGCGACAGCAGUCGUUCGACGAAAUCUACGGCCCACCCGAGAACUUUCUCGAGAUCGAGGUCCGCAACCCGCGCACCCACGGCAUUGGGCGGCACAUGUACACGGACUACGAGAUCCUCUGCCGAACCAACAUCCCGGCCUUCAAGCUGCGGCAGUCGUCGGUGCGGCGGCGCUACUCAGACUUUGAGUACUUCCGUGACAUCCUUGAGCGCGAGAGCGCGCGCGUUACCAUCCCGCCGCUACCCGGAAAGGUGUUUACCAACCGCUUCAGCGACGACGUCAUCGAAGGCCGCCGCUCCGGCCUCGAGAAAUUUCUCAAGAUUGUCGUUGGGCACCCGCUGCUGCAGACGGGGAGCAAGGUGUUGGCAGCGUUUGUGCAGGACCCUAGCUGGGACCGCAAUGCCUGGUGA